AUGGAGCUCAGUCAACUUCCUCUUGUGCUCUUGCUGAUUUCAAACAUCUACUCCGGACAUACUGAAGAAAAAACAAAACCCAAAGUAACCAUUAAACCUGCUCAACAUGUAUUCAGAGGAGAGACAGUCACUCUCAGAUGUGACACAUAUGCUGAAGGAGUCACUAGCUGGCAGUACAGCUGGUAUAAAGAUGGUUCAGGCAAUGCUUUCAGUGUACAGGAACACACAUUCGGUUCUGUUACUGAGUCUGAUGCAGGUAAAUACUCCUGUUACGGAGUAGAGACAGAAGGAUCACGAACAUCACGCCGCAGUGAAGAAGUUACACUGACAGUAUCAGAUAAAGCCCAGGCAGUUUUAAAUGUUUCUCCGCAGACGUGGUUGACUGAAGGAGAUCCAGUGACUCUGAUCUGUGAGGUUUACAGCUCCUCUACAGGCUGGACAUUCAGCUGGUUCACUGAAACUGUCUCAUCAGGCAACAGCAAUCAUUAUGAGCUUCUCUCAGACAGCAGCAGAGGAGCUGGAGGAAACUACACUGUCAGUUCUGCUGCUCUAAAACACACAGGAGUUUAUAUGUGCAGAGCAGAGAGAGGAAAACCAGCCUAUAACACAUGGUACAGCAACACACAGCCACUUUGGGUCACUGGUGUUUCGCCUCCAGUCUCUCUGAUCGUCAGUCCCAGUAGAACUCAACACUUCACAUCUGUCUCUCUCUCUCUGAGCUGUGAAAAGUUUGUUCUGGCUUGA